ACAAUAUUUUACGCACACUUCACAAUCUAUUACGCUACUUAUAAGAGUGAGAGAGGGAAAUACGAUGUCGUCGUAAAAUCACGGGAAAAAUAAGGCUUAACUAUAUCGAUAUAACAAUGUAGGUAUAAUGUUUUUUCCACUGGUCGUUUUACUCCAAAGCUACAUCUAAAAGUGAUAGUUGUAAUCUGUACCUUUAUCGGAUCUUCACUUCCUUCUACAAUAAACUUAUUACAACGGACGGAGGGAAUUGCAGAAACGAUUACUUAAUUUGAAAUUAAUGAUUUCCAGAUAAAUAAUAAAAAAUAAUUCGAAAUGCAGACCCCUUCGAGGAGAAAUAUAGAGAAAAUAAGGAGCAAUGAUAGGGUCAAAACGGAUGGAUCAGUAACAACACGUAAAACAGACGACGAUAAACCUAAAAAGGUAUCAACAACGCCCAGAAAUUAUUUACAGAAUACAUCCACAUCUGAUAUUUAUGGCAAAAAGAAAGCUGAUGUUUCACAAGCCCCGAAAAAAGCUUUUUCAUCAACGUUAAAUACCGCUAGAAACAUAUCGCCUAUGAAGGAUUAUUUGAAAUCAACUUCAACGGUUAGCGUACGAAAAACUUCAACAAAGAUGGCGGUCGAAAAAAAAGUUGAGACAAAAGUAAAUUUACAUUCAGCCAGAACGCCGCGUGUAGUAAAAGCUCAAGCACCAGCUAAUGUUACUGUCAAUUCACCAAUAUUAAGGAGGUCCGUGGAAUUAAAAAAAGAAAAAUCGAAUUUAAGCACCGGUAGACCUAAGAAUAUAACUAAUCAACCCAAUAAAGUUGCUGAUGGAAAAUCCAAUAUGGCGGAUAUAUUUCUCAGACAGCGUUCGAAAACUAGGACGUUAGAUGAAAAUGAGGUCAAGGUUUUAAAGGCUGAUGUAGUUGACAACAACGUGGAAAUGCAAAAUUUGUCAAAAAAGCUUAGCGCGAAGCCGAAAGCUUUUUUCGUGGAUUUGAACGGGGACGAGGCAAAGGUAGAAAAAGAAAAAUCAAGUGAAGAGGACAUCAGUUAUGAAGAUGACUUCGAAAGUUACGAAUCUGAUUUUGAUUCGUAUCACAGCGAAUCUAAUAAUGAUGGAAAUUCUACAACUGACAAUGAUCAAAAUUCAGACAAAGAAGAGAGUGAUGUUCAUUUAAUGGCAAAAGACGAAAUCAACUGUAAAGAGAACGAAGAAAAGAUGCUAGAUUCAGGUAAUUUUGAUCUACGGGACCCUCAGAGAUCAGCACAGAAGAAAACUCCACUUGAUUUCAUAGACGAAGUUACAGAAGAUUGUGACAAAAGAAUAUCGUUGACUGAUGAAGGUUUCCAGGAUAUGUCAACUUCCAGCGUCUCCAGUAUGAAGACUGUUCACGUUGAUGUCUUAGACAGACCUCUAUUUAUAGACUUUGCAGUAUCGAAAAGAAAUAGAAAAAAACGGCGCGUAUUUCAGCAACUUGAACAAAGAGCGAAAGAUAUUUUGAGUAUGGUAACACUACACGAAAUGACGUACACUUUGUUUGAAAUGCAACCGAUACCGUACGAUUUGUAUAUGGCAACAUUUGGUGGUAGAAACUCUACGCAGGUUGCUGUGCAGACAUUUGAAGAUGGUGUUACAGAAGAAGUGCAGACUGAAGAAAUUUUAUUUGAAAAUAAAUGGACUCAACAUCCGAUAGAGUUUUCAAAGCACAUUCAUGUAAAAGAGAAAGUUGUACAACGAAGUACAAGUAAUGAUUUUCUCAGUAAAUUGUCAUUACUUAAGCAAAAUGAUAAAACAGAGAAAUACGAUAAUGAAGCUUAUAAUAAUAAUCAAUUACGAAUAUUCUUAGAGCAAAAAGAUGGAGUCGGUACUGAUGAAAUUCUGCCACACGAAAUAUAUAAAAGUAAAUUAAAAAAAUGUGAUUUCAAUGUAAAUAGAUUGAAGAAGUUUUUAAAAAAGACGGAAAGUCGAAUUAGUUAUAUUUUAAGUUUAAAUGCUGGCAACACUGAUAUAUUUAAUUUGACAAAGAGCUCGAAAUUUCCUUUCAGCACAGGUUAUAUUACAAUUAAUAUUCAAAACAAUGCAAUAUUUUAUAAAGAUUUGAAAGUUAUAAAUGUAAUUAUAUCGGAAAAUAAAGACAAUUUACUUGUGACGGUACAUGAAAAGUCUAGUAAAGAUUUCCAGAAAUGUAUUCUUUGUUUGUGGGAUUUAUCUGGUGUUUUAAAGGAGCCUAUAAAAUUAUUAAUAGCUCCAGAUAACGUUAGUAUCGGUCAGUUCCGAGGAGGUGCUGAUGGAAUAAUCGUCGCUGCAUUGGAAGAUGGAUCUAUACAUUUAUGGGAUCUAUCCGAAAAAGCUACUUGGAUAAAUGAUACCAGCGACGAAAAAACUACCAAUUCGGUAGAAAUUGAUACGACUCGAAUGACACAAACUGAAAUUGACAGAGAAUGGAAUUUAAAGAAUAUUACAAUGAAUAGUAAAAGUGAAAAGAUAAUGUCACGUCCAAUGCAAAUUAGUGCUUAUACUAGUAGUGGAAUCAAUAUAAUUGAGAAAGGUGUGAACGAUUUCAUUGUUGGUUUGGAGUUUAUUGGGGAAACUUCGGUGACCAGACAAGAUGAAGGCCGAAAAAUUAUAGCCCAGAUAUGUUCAUUACAACGUGUUGGUAUAUUAACAAUAUACUCGUUAGUCCAAGAAAGAUCUAGAAAGAAAUAUAAUGACAUAGGGAAAGCAUUUUGGUCAAAAAUGGCGUUAGAAAAAAUACAAACCAUACAUUUAACAGAACAUUUAGAUGAUAUAAAUAUCGAAUUAGAGAAUAUUAAUAAAAGAUUUAAUUUAAACGCCGCUAAAAGAAGAAUGUCAAAUAAGAGGUUAGAAACAAAAGUGACAUUGAGUUCCCGCCAAUCAGUUGACAGGCGGAGUGUUGCCAGUGCUGGUAAAAAAGUUGUAAAAAAUACGUCAAAUAUAUGGGAAACAGGAAUUGUGUGUUAUGAUAUGAAAAUAAUAAAAAUAGAUAAUACGGAUAACUUUUUAAUAGGUAAAAAUUGUGGAGAAGUUUUACGUUGUAUAAGAUAUAUGGGUACUUUUAAAGUUUUAAGGUUAUGUGUUGCCAAUGACACAUGUUCUAUAACACGUUUAGAGAUAUCCCAGAAUGGGUUACUACUAAUGCUAGCGGCGACUGACUCUGGGACGGUUAAUUUGUGUUCUGUGAUAGAUUUUAGAGUUCUAUUAAUAUUGGAUUGCGGUAAUGUCAAUUCGACAGCAUCGGAAAAAUACAAAACGGAUUCCAAAGGUCGAUAUAUCAGCAGUGUACAAACGGAAAAUAUAGCAAAUUUGAAUCCUAUUGGCAAGGAAAGAAAGAUGGCCAUAAAAUCUUUACUAUGGCCACCUAGUAACCCAUUCGAUAUGGUGGCUCUAUUAGUUGACGGCACGGUGACCGCUUGGCGACUCACCAACAGUGAUAUAGCUGCAACAAGAGUCACUGAUAGCAAUCUUCUUGUUGCUAACGGACAUACCAUGGUAAGAAGAACGCGUACACAGACAAUCAGGGAAAGGUUAUUUUAUAUUAUUUUUUCACAGGCUUUGGUAAGAAAAAAUGAAGUUCAAACCUACAGGAUAUCUAAUGAGAAACAAGAAGACAAUUUGCAACUUUUCAAACGAUAUCUCGCACUUUUAUAA